CGGGUGGAAUGAAAUAAAAAUCGAAGCUUAGUUUCCCCCCGCACUCUUCUUGUACACACUACCCGCCGACUAACGAGACAUGGCGCGUUGAGCCGUAACAACAACGAUCAAACCUCACCAUCAAUGAAUAUACUACGGGGUUCUCUCGCGCCCACCUUCUCCCUCACCGCACGCGAACGGCCGGACAAGGUGCCGACACAAGACAAGAACGUACGUACGUUCUCUCUGAACCCACCCUCACCCCAGCCCUACCCUUCUCUCUCGCGUCCCUCCCGUGUUGCCCACUUAGCUCCGAGACAAGAAAAAAGAAGGUGCCCCACACGAACGAACAGAGACAUCCCCGCCAACCCUCUUCUUCUGUAUCAAAACUUCAUCCUACCAGACGUUGCCCCAUCCAUAGACAUAAUCUUCGCGCUCCGUUCCGUCGUGCUUCAUCGGGCGUCGGUUUGCCAAAAGCGGCACAACAGUACAAGCCUAUUCUCGUUAAUGUGGAAGUACGAGCCCCUCCCCACCCCGCACGCCCGCGAAACCUCUUCUUGCGCGCACAGAAACAAGGAACGCUACACGGCGAGGAGUUGUGUACACGUACCACACAACGCGUCGUGUCCUAAGCAGCCGAGUCGAAAGUAACCAAAACCUUAGCGGUGACGUGGAAAAACGAAAUGUGGUGACAUCGAAAACAAAAUGAAGGCACUACAACAACGCAAAGGGGGGGAGCCACAAGGGCAAAAGUCGAGGGAGUCACCUUCAACAGAACCGAAUUUGGACAACACCUCCGCCCCCGCCCCCAGAGCCCAAAAUGGAAAGCAAGCCAGAGCUCCUUCAGGAAGCACGGCGCAUCGUGGCGCGCGAAAAGUGGUGUUUCUGCGGCGAGUCGCAUAGUUUUGGCAGACCAAGCCGGCAAAACCACCAACAUAACCGACAGAGACAGACUUUUCUCGCGCCUCUCCCCCUAUCUCUUCACCCACCGUCGACUGGCACCUUGUAGAUAAGCCUGCCUCUGAUCACACAGCAAAAACGUUUUACCUCUCUCCCCCCCUUGGCGAAACCGUUGGCCAGGGCUUUCCUGCACCAUCCACACCGCCACCCAAACCCCCUGGCGGUGUACCGUCAAAAUCUCAGGAGCCCCCUUGUACACCCCAGACCACUCAUGGGCAAAAUGCUAGCGUUGAGGAGCACACAGCGAACCGGCUAUACGUUGCAGAGGGAGAGGAGGGUAGCACAACUGGCACAAGCCAUGUAUGAUACGAGCAAGCCGCCGGACAUCACGGGGAGAACAAACUCAUAUUGUUGUGUAUGCGGUGGAUAUCUUGGGGGGGCAGGGGGCUCUGAUUCUUGACAGAUCAGGCGGUCUACGAAAGAAAAUACCGUCUCUCCCCCUGCUCCACGGCACGGGAUAGCCAAAACACGCGCUGGUCUCCCGCCCGCUCCUCAACCGCGCCAUCCCUUCUCUCCUCCUUCACAAACAAAAAAGCGGUGCUGGCUAAGAACACAACACUUACUGCACCCAACUCCU